AUGAACCUCAUAUCAGGAUUCAAUUGGUACUGCAGCAACGAAAAAAACGGAAACAAUUGGAUGAAACUUAAAUUUGACUACAAGAUGUGUUAUCAUGUCGAUAACGCCUGGGCGUACAGAGAUUACGUGAUUAAUGAUACGGUCGGAUAUAUCUACGAUUAUCGUUAUGACCUCCACUCUGAAAUAAGUGGCGUUAAUACUUACACUAAAGCAAAGAAAUUCAUUGGACUGAUCCGGGAACAGAGAAGACCAGAGCCUGCUUAUUUGACAUGCGAGGUGAGACAAGUAGAAAAACUUACCAUGUAA